AUAUGCAAAAACAAAAUAUUCUUCCAAACACUAUAACAUAUAAUAUAAUGAUAAAAGCUAUUAGUAAACUCAGCAAAUCUGAUACCGCAAUGGCUAUUUAUCGAGAGAUGGUAGAAAGAAAUAUUAAAAGGGAUGAAAAAACUUUUACAAUGUUAUUUUGUGUAUGUUCUGUUCGACGUAAUGUUCCUCAAGCUCAUCAAUUUUAUAAAUUUAUGUUUAAUGAGGGAUUACAACCUGAUGUUUAUACUUAUAAUGCAUAUAUUAACGUAAUUGCAAGAAAUGCAAAAGAUUUAAAAGAAUUACAGAAAGCAAUUGAUGUUAUUACACAAAUGAAAGAAAAAGGUGUAAAACCGACAUUAGUUACAUAUAAUAUUCUCAUAAAAGCUUUACAAGCAAUGGGAAAACGUACUGAUGCAUUACAUCUUUUCAAUCAAAUGGAACUCGAAGGAAUUAAACCGAAUUCAUCUACUCUUGAAGGGAUUGGUAUAACAGGAUUACAAGCUCUAUUAAAGUUGCGAAAUACAUAUAAAGUAACUCCGAAUCAUACUGAUUUUAACACAUGUAUGGAUCAAGCUCUUAAAGAAUCAAAAUACAAUGACGCUAUGGAAAUUCUUUCAUAUAUGCAAAAUUGUGGAUUCAAACCGAAUGUUUCAACCUAUUCAAUAUUGAUGAAUGCUCAUAUUAGACAGAAAGAUAUGUUUAGAGCUAUGGAAUUAUUUUUUGCAAUGAAGAAUGACAACGUUGAACCAGAUGAUUAUAUUUACGCUUCUCUCAUUGAUGGUUUCUUAACACAAAAUUAUGUUGAACAAGCUUUUAAAUUGGUGGAUAAUAUGUUAGAAUCUAAGGUUGUAUUAAAUAAAAUGACUGUAAAUCGAUUAAUAGAUACUGCAUCAAAGUUUAAAGAUCCUAACUUGGUUCAAAGAGUUUUUGAGCGAAUAGAAAGGUUAACUGUACCAAGCAAGGAUGCUUGUGAAAGAGUUCUCUGGCGAAUCGCUCAAUCAUAUGAUGUACCCGUAGUGGAAAAGUAUUUAAAAAUAAUGGAUAAGCAUAAUCAUAUGACUAAUAGAGAAACGUUUACUGCUGUAAUCACGGGCGCAAGUAAAGGCGGAAAUUUAGCUCAAGCGAGAUAUUGGUAUAAUAGAAUGGUUGAACGAGGAAUUUCACCGGAUCAUAUGUUACUUUCUAUGAUGAUAAGAGCACAUGCCGAUGCAAAAGAAAUAGAUAAAACUUUAUCAUUAUGGAACGAUUUUCACUACUUCAGCAUUGCACCUGAUGAUGAUGAUAUUAUGUAUGUGUUAAAAUUAUGCGCAGAGACAAAUUAUUGGAGAGACGAAAUUAGGAUUCUUGGACAACUGAAAGAAUUAGGUUAUGAUGCAGAUUUAUACAAAGCAAAGAUAGCAGAAAAGAAACAACAAACUAGCGACGGAAUUGAAUCAAAAAUGGAUCCGGAUGAAGAAUAUUAUGAAGAGUACGGAGAAUACCUUAAAACGAGAUUAGUUGAUAAGUCUAUUAUAAAAGCAAAGGAAAGGAUGAACAAAUGGGUUCGAAACGUAGCGAAAGUAAGUUCUCAGAGAAUGGAUGAUAACGCUAGAAUUAGAGUUGAACAGUGGAUUCCUUAUAGGAAGCAUCCAUCAUCAAUGACAGAAACAAAAAGUUAA